AUGAAACAUCCACAAAAACUAGCUGUUGAACUAGAUGAACAAUCAUUAACAUAUGGUGAACUUUUGUAUUAUGUUCAAGUGUUAUCUUUAACUCUUCUUAAUGAAUAUGAUGUGUUUCCAGGUGAGGUCGUAUGUCAAUGUGUUGAGAGAAGUCUGUCCAUGGUGAUUGGUAUUAUGGGAAUUGAAAUGGCUGGUGGUGUUUAUUGUCCAUUAUCGCCUCGGGAUCCACAACAUCGUUUGCAUACACUCACACAACAGACACAAAGUCGUCUUGUACUUGUUCAUCAUUUAACUACGACUAAAUUCGAUGAUGAUAUUGUUGCUCUUCACAUUGAUUCUAUAUUAAACGUUGAAAAUAUGAAUAGUAACUUGAAUUAUAAUUGCCUUUCGAGUGUGAAAGUGACAGGCAAAGAGAUUGUUUACAUUAUUUUUACUAGUGGUUCAUCUGGUAUUCCAAAAGCGGAAGAAGGAGAACUACUAGUGGGAGGACUAGGUGUCUUUGCUGGGUAUCUUGGACGUGAUGAUUUAACUGCAAAAGCUCUUCUUGAAAUUGAUGGUCAACUAUUCUAUCAAACAGGUGAUCUUGUCCGAAUGGAUAACAAUGGUCUUCUUCAUUAUCAAGGAAGAAAAGAUCAUCAAAUCAAACUUCAUG